AUGUAUGAUACUGAUAUAACCAGUCAGGAGUACCACAAUCAUGAAGACAAUGCCUCCAUGUGCGUGCCCAGUGCAACCUGUGGUCUGUUGCCUCUCGAAAUUGUUCAUCAGUCUGAACGAGAAACGAUGGAAAAGGGUCUGCGUUCACAAAGACAGUGCAACGGUCAAAAUGCGACCGCCGUUCAAGCGAAGCGGUUCCGCACAGUUUUUACCAUGCCACAGCUGACCGUUCUCGAAGCGGUUUUUCAGAAGAAGCAGUACAUGGUAGGUGAGGAGCGCUGUCGCUUGGCCAAGUGCCUCGGCCUGUCUGAUACGCAGAUCAAAGUAUGGUUUCAGAACCGUCGGAUCAAGUGGAGAAAGGAGGAACGUGAGAGCGGCCUGGCACUGCUCAAUAACUACAGCGGCGUUCAUUAUGUACGCUUGUAG